CCUUUGUCGCAUCUCUUUCCUCCCCAAUCUGUCAUUCUUCCUCUUCGUGAUCUGUAGCCCCCAACAUCAUCCCCUCGCUAUGCGUGUCACCGUCCCUCCUAAUCCAAUCUUACCUUCCUGCUCCGUCACGAACAGCCCUCCUCCGUCAACAUCCGCUCGACCCUGUCUCUACCCUCCUCCCUGCGCUGCUAGCACUAGCAUUUCCCCUGCCAGCCAUGCUCGCCCUCUCGCGCGAUCCCUCCCUGUGCCCCUACCCCAUGGUGCCGCCACGUCUCCAUCGCCAGUGACACGUCUCGCUCCGCGUAUUCCGCGCCGUAGAUCUCUCCGCCUCAGAUUCUCGAAUCCAUUCCGUCCAGUUGGCUUCCGCUGUCGACCUCGCAGGCAACACACCCAGCCGUCGAUUAUAUCUGCAGCCGCUCCCGGCAUUGUGGCCUUGUUUCCUUUCCCGUCAGCUCUCCCAUAUCCGCCGCGCCACCGUCAGUGCUACUAACCACGUCUCCGCCCAUCAUGGCGCUCCGUCCUCCUGCGCCCUCCUCGGCUCUGCCUGUCGCCCUGUUUCCCCUCGCGUUGGUGCUUCUCCUCCUCGCCUUCCCUCCCCAGCACGCCUCAGCCCAAACAGUCGCCGAUUCUCAGCUGACUGCGCUCAGCGCGAUAGCGGCGGCGUGGGGGCGCAACCUGACGGUGAUGAACCAGACGUGGGUGGCGGGGCGUGAGUGCAGCACGUGGUUCGGGCUCGCGUGCAACGCCUUGGGGCAGGUCACCAGCUUAGAGAUCAACGGGCAGCGCAGCCUGGGCGGGCAAUCCAUCCCUGCCGCCGUCACGCAGCUGCAGGCGCUGCAGAGACUGAGUCUGGACCACAACCUGCUCACGGGGCCCAUCCCCGACGACAUCUCCUUCCUCGUCGCUCUCACCAACGUCUCCCUUAGCGGCAACCAGUUCAACGGCUCCAUUCCCUCGGGCAUCAGCCGCCUCUCCAACCUCCGAUUUCUGGACCUCACCUCCAACGCCCUCACGGGCUCCAUCCCCAACGCCUUCGCUCCUCUCACCAACCUCGCCACCUUCGCCGUGGCUCUCAACUCCCUCAACGGCUCUCUGCCGUCGUCCCUCUUCACGCUCUCCACCCUGCAGCUUCUCAUGGUGGGGAAGAACCAGCUGUCAGGAGUGCUGCCGACUUCGGUGGGCGGACUCAAGGGGCUCAAAGCACUGGACCUGAGCAACAACCGCUUCUAUGGCGGCAUGCCUGCAGCGCUCUCCACUCUCUCCAACCUCGUCCACCUCGACCUGAGCCGCAACGCCUUCACAGGUGCGCCGCUGAGCAGCUUCUCCUCGGCGUCCCUGGCGUCCACCUCCCUGGCGCUGUACGACACGAGCAGCAACUACUUCACCUCGCUGCCCUCUUCCUUCACCGCCAAGGGCACCGCCUUCUGCCCCUCCUCCCUCACGGGUGGCUUCUCCGCGGCCAACCUCGAGCCCUUCGGCGCCACGGCCACCAGCAGCAUGAGCGCCAACUGCUUCCUGGGCGGCAACUGGAACUACUCUCAGAGCUACGUCCACCGCGGCAAGUCGUGGGGGCGCUCGGGGGAGGACAACGGGAACAACGGCGGCAGCGGCGGCGGCAGCAGCAGCGGCGGGUGUGAGGCGGGAGAGCAGAAGCGGCCGGUGGAGUGCGUGGCGUUCUGCGGUGCGGGGCUGGCGGCGGGGCCGUGUGGGGGGCUGGGGACGUGCGUUUUGGAGGGGGCGUCGAACGUGCCGGCGUGCCAGUGCCACAGCGACAUGUACAGCGUGCUGCUCACCGUCACCGUGGGCUCCUCCUCUGUCACCUAUCCCUCCUGCUCGCCUAACCCCGGCACCCCCCCUCCCACGCCACCGCCCAUCGACAGCACGGAGCGCAAGAAGAGAGAGUUCCGCGGUGUGGUGUUCACGGGCACGACGCCCGCGCUGCUAUCAGGAUCCUAUUCCAACAAGUACUUCCGCCACAUGUCGCGCGGCUUCACGGGCAACUACUCGUCGCCAGAGUGGAACCUCACCAACACCGUCGAUUGGCGCGCCGCCAUGCCCUCUGUGCUGCUCUCUGCCAAGGAUCAGGGCCUCUGCUCGUCGUGCUGGGCGUUCGCGCCAGUGGCGGCGACGGAGGCGCUGUACGCCAUAGUGUACGGGGCGUCGCCGCCCAACGUGUCGGAGCAGCGUGUGGUGGACUGCCAGGGCCAGUGGAGCUGCGGGGGGGGCUUUCCCGCGCACGCCUUCAACUACAUUGCAUCUAGCGGCGGCCUGCCGCUCGCGUACAAGUACCCCUACACGGGGAUCUACUCGCCCGCCUCCUGCAGAACUGCGCUUCGCCGCUCCGGGAAGCGCCACAGCCGCUUCCUCUUGAGCGACCCCCAGCAGACCACGCAAGACGGCACAGCAGCAGCAGCAUCCUCAGCAUCAGGCGGCGCACUUGUAACCGCAGCAGCAGCAGAGCCCGCCCCCACCAUGCAUGGGCUGCUGGCGCCCCCGCGGUCGCUCUUCUCCCUGGCGCAGCUGUCCACGGGGCCGUUCGCCAUUGCGUCAUACGAGCAGGUGUCGAUGGGCGGGUGGAUGGGCAUGGCGCUGGCCGUGCAGCAGCAGCCCGUGGUGGCGUACGUGGAGGCCGACCAGGAGUCCUUCAUCUCCUACGCUGGGGGCUUCACGUACAACGACCCGGCGUGUUUCGCGAACCAGGUGGUGAACCACGCGGUGGUCAUCGUGGGCUACGACCUUCUGGCGGCGCCGCCCCUCUGGAUCGUGCGCAACUCAUGGGGCGCGUCGUGGGGCGACCAGGGCUACAUGCACCUCGCCAUCAGCGGGGGCAACGGCGUCUGCGGCGUCAACACCAUGCCCGCGCUCUACCCCACCAUCAUUGGGCUGAACCCAUGCGAGCCCAUCAACCCGUGUGGUGGCGGCACAUGCACGCCUUUGAAGGGCAAGAAGACAGUGAACUCGUGCAUGUGCCCGGACAACUUCAUCCCCGUCAACAACAUUGACAAGACCCAGACCUGUGCUCCCGCCAAGGUGUGUGCGUUCUACGCCAUGAACCCGUGUGGCUUUGGCACGUGCGUGGACGACGGCAAGGGCAGCUACUGGUGCCUGUGCUCCACGGGGUACACUCAGGGCAUGCGCACCGACGCCACCGCCACCUGCAUCCCAGCGACGAAGCAGAGCAACACGGUGUCGCUGCCCACGACCAUGACGUGCGACCAAGUGCGCUCCACCUACAGCCUCUCCAUGAGCGACUUCCGCCUUCUCAACAAGAAGCUCAAGUGUCCCGCCACGUACAAGGCGGGCACGUCCAUCACAGUGCGAGCCGCCACCAGCAGCGCGGGCGCCAGCACCAUCACAGGCUGCAUUGUGCCGCUCACUGUCUCCCAGGGCGACACGUGUGAGUGGGUGCAGAGCAUGUUUGGGCUGACAGCAGAGGAGCUGGCAGCGCUGAACCCCGACCUCAACUGCAUGCAGCUCGUGCCCGGCCAGCAGCUGUGCAUGGAGCAGGGCACCCCCCAGCCGUUGUCGUGCACGAACUACUACACGGUGAACCCCGGGGAGACGUGCGACGACAUCAUGGCGCACGCGCAGCCGCCCAUCACAGCGGCACAGCUCUACUCCUAUAACCCUGGCAUCAUCUGCUCCGCUGACUCCUCCCAGCGCCUCGUCGGCCAACAGGUGUGUGUGAGCAGCCUGACGCUGAUAGGCGCCACGUACUGCUACUACGGGUCGUACACGGUGGUGCGCGGAGACACGUGCGCCAGUGUGGUGUGCAAGAUCUUCAAGUGCUCCUACUCUCUCAUGUACUACUACAACCCGGGCUUCAAAUGCUCUUCCUACACGCUCUACGUUGGCAAGGUGCUCUGCAAACCCAAGCCGUGAAGGGAGUGUUUUGCUAAGUGUGCUUGGCACGGCACAGCGUGCACAGGGUGUGGAGAGGAUGGAUUGGGAGUGAGUAGAGGUUGCAGCAGCAGAUCCAGCAGCAGCCGCAGCAGCAGCAGCAGCAGAUGCUGCUGCUGACAUGUCGUACUGGGUGGUGGAGAAUCGAGAUGUGCAGGUGGAUGGAUGCCCUGGCGGUUCAUCCUCUCUGGCUAAUUCAUUCUGUUUUUUCUUUUCUCAAUUUAUGCAUUUUAUUGGUUUCCUUCAUUUCUCCGAAAGUGGUAGGUAUACUGUUUUGGUUACCUUCAAUUUAUGUAUUGUAAUCUGUUACCGUAAU